AUGUUCGGAACGUCACCGAAAUCGCAACCGCCUUUAUCGCACGCUCACUCCCCCCUUCCCCUCUUUUCCUUAUAUCCUCCACCCACUGUCCUUACCGUUCGCAGCAUCCCCAAGAUGCACAGGACGCCCUCAGACGCCUACCUGCGCAGCCAGGAAGCCACCGGAUCCUUUUCCUCCCAGGACUCCCCAACGACGAGCACUUCCUCUAGUCCAAUCCCUCGUCGAAAUAGCCGCGGUCCUACCAAUGUAUUUAUGGACUCAGCCUCGUCAAUAGCCAGGCGCUCGGCGGGCAGUGAAAAGAGUCUCCUGGAUGCACAUAAUUUUUAUGACAGUCCUUAUGGAGACCGCAAGUCCGUGAAUUCGAUGUCCCAUGUUUCUGACAAGUAUUCUUUCGCUGCGGAUCCAAAUCAAUGGGGUGCCAAUCUUUCUCCGGAUCUCGUUGAGGAGGACGAUUACCUGCAUACUCCGGAGAAUCGAUCAAAGCUGAAAGCUGACAAGCAAAUCUUUACAUGGCGUGGUAUUGAGAACGUUGGCUGCCUCGUAGUUUUGCUAGUCGCUCUUGUCGGUCUCUUCGCCGGAUACCCGAUUAUUUCGCAUUUUACGAGUUCACCCUUGUCCAAGCUCGGUGGGUUCAACAUCGGAGGGAUAAACGCAUCGGGACAGAUUUCUACUAUGGGAAAUUUUGCACUUAUUGAUAUUGACACACCGAAGGAGGCAUAUACAAAGACCAGCUGGUGGGAUAAUACCGAGAUGGAGCUAGUAUUCUCCGAUGAGUUCAAUACGGAAGGUCGCUCGUUUUAUCCUGGUGAUGAUCCGUAUUGGGAAGCCGCAGACAUGCAUUACUGGUCCACUAAUGACAUGGAGUGGUAUGAUCCCGCGGCAGUAACUACCGUUAAUGGAGCAUUGCAAAUUACGAUGUCCCAAAAGAAUACGCACGAUCUCAACUAUCAAAGUGGACAUAUGACCUCAUGGAACAAGUUCUGCUUCACUGGGGGUUACAUCGAGGUUAACGUUUCUUUACCUGGAUUGACCGACGUCACUGGCUUCUGGCCUUCAGUAUGGACUAUGGGUAAUCUUGGCAGAGCGGGUUACGGUGCUUCUUUGGAGGGUAUGUGGCCGUACACAUAUGACGCCUGCGAUGUGGGUACAGCCCCCAAUCAGACAAUCAAUGGGCAACCAACUCUUGCUACGGUCGACGGCGACCCGUCGGCAAAUGGCGCACUUUCCUUCCUACCUGGUCAAAGACUGUCUCGCUGCACUUGUCCUGGUGAAAGUCAUCCUGGCCCUAUGCAUUCGGAUGGAACAUAUGUUGGGCGCUCUGCACCUGAAAUCGAUAUAUUCGAAGCGCAAAUUACAAACAAUGUGGGACAAGUCAGUCAAAGUGCCCAGUGGGCUCCGUUUAACUACGCGUAUGAGUGGUUCAACACGUCGGAUAAUUUGAUCAUCGCAAAUCCGAGCAUUUCUGAGUUAAACACGUAUACUGGUGGUGCAUUCCAGCAAGCGUCCUCUGUUGUCACGAACACGAAUCAAGGAUGCUACACAAACGAGACUUCCUGUUUCUCCAUAUACGGGUUUGAGUACCAACCUGGAUUUGACAAUGCUUACAUCACCUGGAUCUCGGAUAACAAGGUUACAUGGACUGCGAUGGCGGCCGGUUUUGCCGCAGAUGAACGCGUGAAUAUUAGCGCUCGGCCCAUUCCGCAAGAGCCUAUGUACAUCAUUAUGCAGUUCGGUAUGUCGACCAACUUCGCGACGGUUGAUUUGGAACACCUUCCAUUCCCUUCUACGAUGCUUGUAGAUUAUGUUCGGGUCUAUCAGAAGAAGGGUCAGAAGAACAUAGGGUGUGAUCCUGAGGACUUCCCUACUGCGGAUUACAUCAACACAUAUCUCGAAGCGUACACAAAUCCCAAUUUGACAACAUGGGUGGAUGACUUUAAACAGAAGAUCCCGCGAAGUUCACUCUUGGACGGUUGUGAUUGAUCAGCUUCUGUGCUUCCGUGUUCGACGUUUAUGUGUUUAUGCCGCUUUGUUCUCUUUUGCGCUUCUGUCCUCAUAUAUUUCACCUCACUGCAGACUUGUACUCCUAACCAACCAAUCAUCUUUGCAUGCGGACCUCAACUUCGCUUUGUCUUUGCCAAACUUCAUCAUGGGACCUUUUUUUGGGCCCGGAAUAUCCAAAACUAUUGUAUCACUACACAUAUAUUUAAUUUUGCUAUCUUCUGUUUAUAGUCCUUCAGAAGCUCCUGGUGAGCUUCGUGCCGCUCCUUUUAGAUUUACUCUCUUUCGGAAUUCGAACUUACACCCGCAUUUAAAUAUUUCUGGUUUUCAGCUUCCUCAAGUUUGCCUUUUUUAUUGCGAACCUUCAAGAAAUCGACUAUGUUUUACGUUUACAUUUCUUCACAAUUACAACUGUUUCAACUUUCAAUUUGUAGGCAGCCGCUUUUUUGCCCCAUUUUAUUUUUCGUAUUUUUUUAUGACAAGUGGCUGCCAAACCAUAUACCAUCAUACCAGCAUAAACGUAAAUAUAUAUUUUACAUCAAAUAUCCAUCUCUCGCGUAGGCGUGACAGUCUUAUUAAUGUCAGCCUUGAAGAUUAAAUGUGUACACUUGUCUCCAGUUACCCGACUGCGGACGACGUGAGAAAGAGAUGAAUUGCUUUCUCUUAUUCAUGUACAUGGCAGCUGAUGAGAAACGACGAAGGAUAAUCAAGACGACUGCCCCUCAGAUCCAUACGAAGGGGGUCUAACAGCUGUUGGCGCGAACGUUCGUCUGUUCAACACAAGUCCCUUCAAUGCUCUAAUCUCCUUCUUCACUUCUUCCUGUUGUGGGCUCAGCGGACUCGACGAAAAAGAAGUGGAAGAAGAAGAGAAGGAAGAGGAGAAGCCAUGACGCAUGAGACCUGAAGAGAACUGGUAAGUUUGUGUAGUUAUGUAGCCUGUGAA